ACAGAGAGAGAGAGAGAGAGAGAGAGAGGUGGAGAGAAAAAAAGGGAAAAAAGAAACCACAGAAACUGUUAGAUAGCCACCUAUUUAUCGCUGUCUUUUUGAGACCGUGUUUUGGUCAGAACCACGUCACAUACCAUUCUGCAUUGUACUUUACUAAUAAUUUGCAUCGAUUGCCUACAGUCGCCUUCUACAUCGGAAACGGUCGACAGCAUCCUAUUCAUCGCGCUAGGAGAAUUAAGUUUUGGCAUUUAAAGGUGGAUCAGCUGUAGCCUAGACCAAAUCUGUAGGGGUCUUUUUUUUUCACAAACGUAUGAUGGUGGUCAUGUGUGCGUAAAGUCGGCUUCUUCUGAACUUGCGAUAAACGUCAUCUAUACAGGAGCUGGUGGAGGCGGUAUGUCCCGGGCAGGAGGACUGUUGACAGUGUGCUGCCAUAGCUAGGCUCCCCUACCUGUGUUUAGAGCCGUGCCUCCAGACACACAGAGAGACAGACGCGCAGACACACAGAGAGACAGACAGACACACAGAGACACAGACAGACAUGGCUCUGACGGACAAACACAAAGUCAAGAGACAGAGACUGGACCGGAUCUGUGAAGGUAUCCGGCCCCAGAUCAUGAACGGACCGAUGCACCCACGCCCCCUGGUGGCCCUGCUGGACGGACGCGACUGCACCGUGGAGAUGCCCAUCCUCAAAGACCUGGCCACCGUCGCCUUCUGCGACGCCCAGUCCACACAGGAGAUCCACGAGAAGGUGCUUAACGAGGCGGUGGGUGCUAUGAUGUACCAUACCAUAACUCUGACCAGAGAAGAUCUGGAGAAGUUCAAGGCUCUACGCAUCAUCAUCCGCAUUGGGAGUGGCUACGACAACAUCGACAUCAAGGCUGCUGGAGAGCUGGGCAUUGCAGUGUGUAACAUCCCCUCGGCCUGCGUAGAGGAGACAGCCGACUCCACCAUGUGUCACAUCCUCAACCUGUACCGACGAAACACAUGGCUGUACCAGGCUCUCCGCGAGGGCACGCGGGUCCAGAGCGUGGAGCAGAUCCGGGAGGUGGCGUCUGGAGCCGCUCGUAUCCGCGGGGAAACACUCGGACUCAUCGGUUUCGGGCGUUCGGGUCAGGCCGUGGCAGUGCGGGCCAAGGUGUUUGGCUUCAACGUCAUCUUCUACGACCCGUACCUGCAGGACGGCCUGGAGCGUUCCCUGGGGGUCCAGCGGGUUUACACCCUCCAGGACCUUCUCUACCAGUCCGACUGUGUCUCUCUGCACUGCAACCUGAACGAACACAACCACCACCUAAUCAACGACUUCACCAUCAAACAGAUGCGUCAGGGGGCGUUCCUGGUGAACGCGGCGCGGGGGGGGCUGGUGGAUGAGAAGGCCCUGGCUCAGGCCCUGAAGGAGGGAAGGAUACGUGGAGCAGCCCUGGACGUGCACGAGACAGAGCCGUUCAGUUUUGCUGCCGGCCCCCUGAAGGACGCCCCCAACCUGAUCUGCACCCCACACACGGCGUGGUACAGUGAACAGGCCUCCCUGGAGAUGAGAGAGGCAGCCGCCACAGAGAUCAGGAGAGCCAUCACUGGCCGUAUUCCUGACAGCCUGAGGAACUGUGUGAACAAGGAGUUCUUUGUGACCAAUGGACAGUGGGCCGUCAUAGACCAGCAAGGUGUCCACCCGGAGCUGAACGGCGCCCCUUACAGGUAUCCGCCAGGCAUGGUCGGCAUGGCUCCCGGGGUUAUCCCAGGUGGGCUAGAGGGCAUGGUGCCUGGGGGGCUACCCAUCGCCCACUCCCUGCCCUCUGGUACCCACCCGUCCCAGGCACCCUCGCCCAACCAGCCAGCCUCCAAGCACGGACACGGGGAGGGCAGAGAGCACCUGACCGAGCAAUAGCACCCAGACCCGCCCAGGCAGCAGCCCGACCAGCUGGCAGUGAGGACAACAGCAGCACACUCAACCCAACCAAGACUCAAAACCAAACCCCAUAAACCAACCAACGAAAGCCACAUGGGACCAAGAGACAGCAAUGGAACCUGGCUGAUGUGAGCUGUCAGUUUAUGGGAGUUACACCCGACCGGGAAUGAAGAAGCGGAUUUGUACUUAAUAGCAUUUUGGUUUUUACUCUCUUGUUUGUUCUUACUGUGUCUCCGGGUUCAGUGACAGGCUUCCUCAGAGCUCUGUGUCGUUUUACUUCUUGAAACAGCCCAUUUGGUUUGUCGUGCGGUACCAGUCUUGGGAUCCUGGGAGAAUGGCGAGCAGAGGACACUCAGUCCCCACCAACACCUCAGACCACCGGAAGACUUCCUGCUUCCUGACCAAUGGGAGAACACCAGAGAAACUUUUGACAUCAUGUGAUACUGGACCUCAACUCCCUCCUCCUCAACCCCCCCUUAGAUAUCUGUGUGUUAUAAGCUCUACUUUAGGUCUAUUCUGUAUUACACCCCUAAUGACAAUAUUUUUCUUUUGAUCUUCAGUGUAAACGGCAGAAUUUAGACAAAAAAAGUAUAAACUAUAUAUAUUUAUCAUUCAUCAAACCCAAAGGAAGAUAAUUACCAAUUGCUUUAUCAUCAGUAACAGUAAUCUAUACAAGUGAGCGUUAGCCCUUUCCUGACCAGUUGUCAUGGCGUCAUACAAAUCUUUGGUUUUUUUUACCCUUCAGUUUAAAAUGCCAGCAGAGAGAGCUGUUGCACUGCACAAGGUUGGUGGACAUCAGCCACCUAGGGCUCUGGUUGAAAUGCUGUUUUCUGUCCUUAGCCACAGAGUAUCCUCAACACCAACAUUUUGAAUUACAAAAGGGCCUGUCUUUGCUAAAUACUGACACUACACCAAUAAGAGUCCCUGAACUGGAGAUAUUCUUAUAAAGGCCUGUUUUCAAUCACAUCCGAUAUAUACCAGUGUUUUACAGUGCCUGACCAAAUAUAUUUAUUUGAGCAAUUUAGGUACAGGAUUAAAAUACUACUCCAUGUUGUCCAUGACAGUCAGGUUCAUCAACUCCUACUGACUGUGUCACUACAAGAUUCUUUGACCUGAUUCAUUGGGGGUGGAAUUAUACAACUACAUUAUGCCUGUUCAUUAUUUGUCAAGAAGAUAACAUUCUGUGCAGCUGUCAAGAAAAGAAAAUGUUAUUCACUCAGGAGGAAGAUUUUUACUUCUCCCAUCGUUUUGCAAGAGAGCACAGUAUUCAUUUUUUUCACAAUCACAGAAAAAAUAUUUGUGUGUUUGUCUCUUAACAAAAUGAACAAGUCUGACCGAUUCUCUCCCUGACCGUCUCACCCAUUGGGCAGUUUGGUUGAUCUCUGUGAUCAGGAAAGGGUUAAUGCUGAGCUUCACUCCUUUAUUACUCAGGAAAACCCCUUUUUGCAGAUAUUGUUUUUUUCCCCCCCAAAACGUUUCUUUUGUCUUGAGAAAGAAAACCAAUAUCUGGGUCGUUUCCAGGACAGGUGUCUUUUCUCGUCCUCCGUAUGUCGUUAGUCCUUCAUUGUGGUAUUUUUAUAUAACAAGGCGUGUCCCGUUUGGUGUUAAUGCGUUUUGCAGAGUCCUCUUAGAUUUGUAUAACUGCCUAGUUCUAUGUUCCUGUAACCAUAACCUUUGUUAACCCUGUUCCUCCACCUGCCCUCUCUGUCCUCCACCCUUCUACAUCCAACCCCUUCCUGCCCCAUCCAACCCCUUCCUGUCCCAUCUAACCCCAUCCUGCCCCAUCUUUCCUUCCUCCAAAACCACCACACUUUACCUCCCCCUCUUAAUUUUUGUUCUAUUGAAAGCUCAUUGUUCUUUUGGGGGAGGGGGGGGGGGGCAUUUACCCUGUAUGAUGGGUAGUUUGGAAUCUGAAAGCUGAUUGGUUGACAACCAUUAGUUAUUCACGAUAACCCAGGAUGAUGCCUGUUGACAGUUCCAUUUGAAUUAAUUCUGUACUCUUUAAGAGCAAUAGCAAACUUCUUAGUGUCCCGACCAUGGCAAAAUAAGAGACAGCCAGCCAGCAGUAUGUUUUGUUUUUAGUGUGAGUAUUUGUAUUUGUUUCUUGUACAAGGUGAACAUUUAGCAUUCAGUUCAGUACAAAUAAAAAUAUACAAUUCUGUG